AUGGUAUUCAGGUUGGAAAUGCUUGCUGGGAACUUUAUUGCCUCGAGCAUGGCAUUCAGCCUGAUGGCUAAAUGCCAAGUGAUAAGACCAUCGGAGGAGGUGAUGAUGCCUUCAACACUUUCUUUAGUGAAACUGCUCAUCAAUGGCAAGGAAGAUACUGCUAACAACUUUGCUCGUGGCCACUACACAAUCGAUAAAGAGAUUGUUGACCUCUGUUUGGACCGUAUCAAAAAGCUCACUGACAACUGCACCGGUCUACAAGGGUUUGUUGUGUUCAAUGCCAUGGGUGGAAGCACUGGUUUCGAUUUGGGUUCCCAACUCCUGGAGCGACUGUCUGUUGACUAUGCCGAGAAAGUAUACUAUAUGCAGCUCUCUGUUGCUGAAAUCACAAACAUUGCUUUCGAGCCCUCAUCUAUGAUGGCCAAGUGUGACCCUAGCCAUGGCAAAUACAAGGCAUGUUGUUUGAAGUAUCGUGGUGAUGUUGUGCCUAAGGACGUUAAUGCAGCUGUUGCCACCAUCAAGACUAAGCGUACUACCCAAUUCGUUGACUGA